AUGCAUGUAGCCCCGCAACAUGUGGAAGAGCGCAUCACGGCAAGGGAUGUGGCACGUAAACAGAAGGAUCUAGACAUUCUGGCAACUAGAGAGACGACCGAAAUUGAGUAUAAUCGAUCGUGCCCCCCCCGCUCCCACCUUCCCUCCCUUCUAGACUUUAACCAACUAACAAACCAACUUGAUCAACUAGCAAGAGGGAAAAAACCUAAACAGAAACAUGUUGAACUCCAGGUUCCUCAAAGAAUUCUCUAUUCCAGGGGUUCGCUGCUCACGAGGGUACGCAACGAAUCGACGCCCUUUCCCAAAAGUCCCACCAAUGCCAGUACUAUCGCUACCCCAAUCACCAUCAAAAUCGCCAGGACGAGCGCAACCAUCCUGCCCACAAAAUUCACCUCCACCCCCGCCAAGCAUCCUCAUCACCGCUUUAAAACUCCAGCACCUCCGCGAAGAGGGGCUCAACGAAAUCCUCCUCUACGCUGACGCAUGUUGUUGUCGCCUCACGGGCGCUUCCUCCGCUGGUAUCUACAGCCGUGGCGUCGAAUUCAUCUCCAUAUCUCUGAGACUUCCGCCCGGACUCACGAGCGUGCAGGCAGAGACUGAAGCUCUGCUACGGGCUAUAGCAAUUGGAUUGCCGGUCGCUGGGAGGACAGGCAGGGGGAUUGUUACUGUUUGCGGGGACUGUCGUCCAGCAUUGGAUGCCGUGAAGGGGUGGAUUGACGAGGGGAGGUUUGGGGGUGUGGGUGCAAAGGUCCGGGUUAGGGUUGAGUGGGUCAAGGGGCAUAAUGGGGUGAAGGGGAAUGUGGAGGCUGAUAGGCUAGCCAGGAGGGGUUGA